AUGAGUAACAACUAUUCUCCGAGCAGCGGUUCCGCUGGUGAUGGAUACGGAGAUAAUGGAUACGGAGACGAUGGUUCGGGAUACAGGGAUGACGGUUCUGGGUACAGAGGCAGCUACAGAGGUGGUUACCGAGGUCGAGGCCGCGGAGCGUACAGAGGACGAGGAAACGAUCGAGGUGGUUAUUACGGCAGAGGAGGGGGGUAUCUGAGUCGGUAUAACCCAUACUACGGGGGAAGUAGUAGGGGAAGAGGCGGAUAUUCGUCGUACCAGGACAGAGACAACUAUCGACAAGAAUACGAUACUUCGAGACCCACGUCACAAGGAGACGACAAUUACCAAGACAGUUAUCAAGAAGGAUACAGCAGGUAUGGCGAUGAAUACGGUGCUGGUGGGAGAACCAAUGACACUAGUUAUGGAUACUCGCAAUCGCUGUAUAGAGGAAGUUAUAGAGGAGGAUAUAAGGGAACAUAUUCCUCCAAAGAUAGAGGAAGUUACCAUGGAAGGCCAUCAUAUGAAUCCGAGCGUGCGCCAGGAAGUAAUCUGGGCUGGAAAGAGCAUUCAUCGUCAUCGCCGGCAUCAAAACCCAAGACCCCCCAACACAAAAGCGCACCUGGGCCAAAACCUCCUUCCAACCCAUGGAUUACAAUCCUCCAGAUAAAGGAUGAUGCCGUGAAACAUGCAUUCGAGCAUACCCAUGAGGAAUUGGGCCGCGUAGAUAAAGAAUUGUACGAAUUACAACAUUCCAAGCUAUUAUUGGAGAACUCGGUAGCUAAUCUUGAAAGACAGGCACUUAGAGAAGAGUUGCACGUACAAAUUACGAAUGAAAAACUCGAAGAAUUCACUUACUUGUGA